UUUAAAGAAUGGGCGUGUUUCAGCGUAAAGACUGGCAUACUGCGGGUCCGCGCGAACCAUCCACCCACACACAUGUACACACACGUACGUGCACGGCAAGAGAAAAAAGGACAAACGACCAACAAGACAAACUCUGCACAUCCAUCCCCCCAGCCAGCCAGCCAGCCAGCUAGCUUGCUAGCUCCUGGCCCCUCCGACCAGCGGGGAGCCAGGAGCUCCCCUCGGCACAACACAUUCCUCGCCCCUCCUGGCACGCGCACACUCCCCAUUCCUCGGCGACAUGCGAACCCCUGCAAUACACACCACACACCACACACACGUGAACACACCAAUAUCGGCGCAAAAUUCCUUUUGCCCCCUGUCUGUGGAUGUGAGUUGAUCAACCUUGACUGCAUGCAGUUGCCUUCCGCUUGAGCGACACGGGUGGCGUGUCCAGCAUUAUCAGGUCGUCGUCAUCCGAAUGCUGGACGGGGGGUGGGGGUGGGGGUGGGGGUGGAGAGGGGGCGGCAGGGGCAGCGGCCGCAGCAGCACAGGGCUGCUGCUGUGGCCGGACGUCCCACCGGUCGCCCCACGAUGUCUUCGCCUUGGGGCCCCACCUCGUCUUGCGAGGCCUCUUGAUCGGCUGGUCGUCAUCCGAUGACACGCUGCCCUUUCCCCCGCCUGACUCUCGCCCGUCUUGCCUCGACCCAUCAUUGCCGUCCUUGUCCUUGUCUCUCUUGCUGCCGGACUGAUGCCUGUUGCUGGAGACGUCGGGCGAGUCGGUGAGGUCGAUGGGUAGCUGAGGGCCGGGCGGUGGACAUGGGAUGGUGACGGGGAGGGGCUUGGGGGCGACAGGCGGAGGGAUGGGCAGCGAGGACCUGCACACAGACACGCACAGAGAGACGGGAUGGGGUGCGUCAGCACCGAGGUCGCGCGAGGGCAAUGCUGUGCUGAUGGCGUUGGAGUGGCGUCAGGGAGGCGGUGACCAUUUGCUGGCGUGGGGCUCCUUGUCAAGGUAGAUGAUCGUCACAUCACCACUUUUGUUCUUCAGCGACGCCCUGAUGUGGUGCACACACCGCCUUUGUGGCGGCCAUCCUUCGUCGUGUUUUCUCCCUCACGCAAUCGACUUGGAGAACCCGACGAUGGCCACCUUCAGCUUGAGGGUCAAGCAUUUGUCCACGGCCUCUGAUAGUGCAUAGCGCGCAUAGGAAGAACACACAUGCGAACACGACACCCACAGACACCUGUUCGUCCACUUGUUGCCUGACCUGAAAAGUCGCUAUCGCCCGCCAGGAGCACUAUUGUCUUGAUAGGCUCAUGCCCGCUUUCAGCGCAGGAGCGUCGGCGAAAAAUCGGCGAGCUUUCUGAAAUUGGACGGUCAGAUCAUAUUCCGUUCUCGUGUUGCUAUGCACUGCUCACCAUACGCCGUCUCCAACAUCUUCAUCGCAAUCGCGCAAUCAGCACCCCGCUGCACCCACCCUGCAGGCACACACACACACACACACACAUGAUGUACUGAUGUAAUACACUACUACAAUUUCUCCUUCCCUCCCACUUCUCGCCUGAGCACAGCUCGCCACCCUCCGUGUCACCCGUGAUGGACUGCCGCUUGUAGUCGCACAGGUGCACAGUGACACGCUUCGACCGCAAGAAUUGAUGGAACGCGUCGCGUUUGUCCAGCGCGGCGCGAGGCGCCAGACCACGCGUGACCUUGGAGAACCACUUGAAGGGGCAUCCGUCAAAGAAGAACGUCUGCUCGUUCUCCACCCUCAACACACGCUGCACGUACUUCAAAAGACGAAAGCAGAAAACCUCCCCCGACAAGAAAUCCACUCCACUCCGAAUGUAGGCGCCAUCUGCAGCACGACAGACACCAUGGUGCACAGCCCUUAAUUACUCCUCGCCCUUGCUUCAUCGUCUGCUGCGUACCGACAAUGAAGACGGCCUUCGCCCGUCCAGCCAUGGCCGUAUCCGCUACACACGCCUCUGACAACGAAGACGAACCUGCAGGCAACUCACAGAGAUGCCACAGGCAGGACACGAUGCUAGAGGCACACGAAGGCAAAACAGAGGAAAUCCGAUUUGAAGUGGCGAGAAAUCGUGAUGGACCCGCAAACCCCGAUUUUCAUCAUCCUCACUUUUUUUCGUCCUCGAAAGCGCAGUCACCGUGAAACAU